UUACGCUUAACUGCGCUUUUGCGGGACGUGCUUGCUUGUGGCGACACGCGGAAUACCGACUGUUUAGCGUUCUGGAGAAAAACCAGCAAAAAAGUUGCUAACGGCACUUUUCUCGCAUCUUGAUCUUCCUGGAAGGACAUUGAUUUAGCAAAAUGGGUCGUGUGCGGACCAAGACUGUGAAGAAGGCUUCUCGCCUGAUCAUUGAGAAGUACUACACCAAACUCACGCUGGACUUUCAUACCAACAAGAAAGUAAUCGAAGAAGUUGCGGUUUUGCCAACAAAGAAACUACGAAACAAGGUUGCGGGAUUCAUAACACAUUUGAUGAAACGGAUCCAGAAGGCUCCCGUACGCGGCAUUAGCAUCAAGCUGCAAGAGGAAGAGCGUGAACGCCGUGACAACUACGUGCCAGAAAUCUCUGCACUGGACGCGCAGGAUUCCAUUGAUGUCGAUCCGGAUACCAAGGACAUGUUGGUUAAGCUUCUGAAUUUUAAUCCGAAGCUGGCUAAUAUUAAUGUGAGCAUGCCGAGUGUGGAACCGGGUGGUGGCUAUCGUCAGCCGACGCAGCGACACACCGGCGGAGGCGCUGGACGAGAGCGUGAACGAGAACAGGCGGAAGAGCGCACUUUGUUGGUUGGUCAGGAAUGAAUGGUUUUGUUGAGAAAGUCUUAAUGAAUGCUUUGUCUAACAUCUAGCUGUACGAGAUGAAAUAAACUUUUCCUUAAACUUC